AUGCCGAGUGGCCAUGUGGUACACGCCGUUGACACCUUAUUAAUUUCUCUCCACUCCAUGGGGAGAAUGGAAGGCGUGUGGGGGAAAGACUGCCGGGAGUAUAACCCGGAUAGAUGGCUCUCAGAGGAUGGCAAGAAGCUGCGGUACGCACCGUCUCACAAAUUUUUGGCAUUCAGCUCGGGCCCGAGGCUGUGCCUUGGCAAGGACGUCUCAUUCAUGGAGAUGAAUACCAUUGUUGCGGCAAUGGUGUGGAACUUUGAUGUGGAAGUGGUUGAAGGGCAGAGAGUCCAGCCGAAGAUGUCUUGUGUGCUGCCGAUGAAAAAUGGACUCCUGGUGAAGUUGAAGAAGCGAGAAAUGUAA